CCAGUCCGCAUUUUAUAUCUCACGCUCUUUGUGUAAACACGGAAGUCGCUGCGCUGUACCGGAAUCGCGUUGGCUGUCAGUCUCGUGUCACUGAAUUAUUGUAUCACAGAAUCAAGCCAUGAUGCGCUUAAUAACGCUGUGUUUCGUUGUCCUCUGCUUGUCUCAGGUUUGCACCAGUCCAGUGCCAGAUUUAAGUAAUGGCGCUCCGGGUGUGACAAAAAGUGAUAACUUGCCACAAACAUCAAAGGAAAUCCUUAAAAAUAAUGGCUCUGAUGAUGAUAAUGAAGCACCUAAAACAUCUUCAAGUGGACAACCAGGCGAAGCUUAUUCAGUGAGUGCAGAGGAUAAAAACACAAAGAAAGAAGAGAAGACCUCAUCUAAUCAGGUAACUGUCCCUAAAACUCCUGAAGAUGAUUCAGUUGAAGAGAAGCAAACCCCACCUGACCCUAAUAAACCAGCGGGAGAAAACAAACCCACAGAAACGGCUAGAGCUGAAGGAAAUGCUUCAAAAGAAGGUGAAAGUGUUAAAGAGGAGCACACCACACCUGAGCAAGAUGAAGCAGCCAGGCAAGAAAAAACAUCUGAACCUGAAGGAGAUGGUGAAACUGCUGUUGAACAAGCAAACUCUAAAGCUACUAAAGGGCAUAAAGACGAAUCAAAUGAUCCUAAAAUAGAUGAAGGGAAGCAGAACACACCUGCCCCUGAUAAAGAAACUAGUGAAGAAGGAGAUGAAUCAAAUGGUGAAGAAAAGAAGCUGACCACAGCUGACCAAAAUGCCGAAAUUGGUGAUGUUGACGAGGAUGAUGAGAACCAGUCUGAAUUCGAGACCCCUACAGACAGUGAAGAGGAGCAAAAUGAAGAACCAGAACUAGUUGAAAAUACAGAUGGCACUGAUGGUAUUGGCCACAAGACCGAAAACCUGGAUGGUAUCAGAAAAGCAAAUGACAAUCAUCAGUUCGAGGAGAGCGCAGAGAGCAGCCACUUCUUCGCCUAUCUGGUGUGUGCCGUCAUUCUGGUGGCAGUGCUGUAUAUUGCCAGUCACAACAAGCGGAAGAUUAUUGCUUUUGUCGUCGAGGGCCGGAGAUCAAGAGGCUCACGGAGACCCAAAACAUCAGAUUACCAAAAACUCGACCAGCAUUGAGAAGACCCAGUCAGAUGAGUCAGCAGUGGAUGAACCGAAAUAUCUAAACUGUGAUCUUGAAACUUGAAUUAUUCAUAAUGCGGCGAAUAUUAACACUCAUAAAUACUGUACAGCAAUCGUCACUGACUCAUCUAAAAUGACAUUAAUGACGUGUCCUCAUCCGUUCAUAGCAUGUCAGGUAUGUUGAAAACAGUCUCUCGUAGAUGUAAGAUUACUGGGGUCAUGAUCUUUCGUCUUUUAGUGUUAAUUAACUACAUAAAUUAUGUUCCCUAAAUCGGUACAUUCUGUAAAUGUUGGUUCAGUCUGUGGCCUCUCUUUCUAUUUAAUUACCGAGCCUUGUUGGUAGAGUUUCCUUGUUUGUUUUUUUUCUUUUCUCAAUUUAUUGCUGGGCGAAUUGUGUAAUACAGAAGGAAACGAUAUUUAUAUUUUUGAAAGUAUAUGUUGGCUGUUGAUGUUUUAUGGGAAACUGGGAAUGAUUGAUUUUUGAGUCAGAAUUGCUCUGAGAUGUGCUGUGCGAGUUCAUGAAGCUGAUCACAUUUAUUGGGAAUGUGAAUUGCACUUUCUGUCUGUAUAGAAUAAAGGAGUGAGUUUUUGACAUGCUCCUACGUUACAGAUAUUGUACAGACUAGGAAUGCUAAAUCAUCUUCGCAGGGCUCAACAAUAAGGAUAUUUUCUGCUGGCCAUUCAGUUCAAAUUCAUACUUGCCCGUUUCACUGGUCCCACAACAAAAAAUAUAUAUUUUGUGUUUAUGUGUCAGAAAUAAGUGUAUUUAUAUUUUACGUUAAAAAGUUACAUUUUCUUUACAAAAAAAGUACAAUUAUAUAUUAAGUUUUAAAGCAAAAUAAAGCCAUAAAUUAUACCUUUAUAAUGUAACACCAUGGUCCAAAAACUCUCAAAACAGCCCUUUCUUAGAGAAAGAAAAACACUACAGUCCUGAUUCUGACAAGAUGCACUUUUCAUUCAUCAAAAAGCUUUGAUGUUCAAACAAGCCAUCCUGUUCUGGAGUAAAUCCACUGUUUAGCUGAUGACGAAACCACUUUAUUAUUGUUUUAUUGUUUUUUCAACAGUCAAUGAUUAAUUUAAAGAUAUUUUUUGGUGUGCAGUAGUAUGAUUACCCAUGCUUGAUUCAUGAAGUGAGAUUCCUGUGCCAAAUCCAGACAUUGCCCAGAGAUGAGCAACAAAAGGAAAGAUACUCAUACACCCCUUGAUCCUAAAGAUGGGAAAUGGAUAUUUUAUUGGGAGCCGUGUUAUAAGCUAUCUCACUCUGGUUGUGCCUACCGUGGUCCCCGCUGUACUCUCUGUUGAGCCUGUGAUUUGAUGUGUAAAAAGUGGCUUUGCACAACCAUUUUUCUUGAAAUAAAGAACCUAUUUUGAAUUAUUACAUGGGUAACAAAAUAUGACGGGGUUUAACUUACCUGUUUACUGUGGUCUAUCUUUUACCACAGUGAUACUCUUUCUACACUGAAAAGAAAACAGAACAAAUAAAGGUUUGAUUUUUUUCCUCUGA